UAUAGUUUAGACCCAGUUUUUACUCACUGGCGGCUCCCUGAACGGGUCGAUUAGUGAGAAAGACUCAACUCACUCCCUUUGCUUUUAUUUUCCUGUCCUGCUUGCCAAGAAGCAUGCGUGAGUGCAUCUCCAUCCACGUUGGCCAAGCUGGUGUCCAGAUUGGCAAUGCCUGCUGGGAACUCUACUGCCUUGAACAUGGUAUCCAGCCUGAUGGGCAGAUGCCCAGUGACAAGACCAUUGGGGGAGGAGACGACUCCUUCAACACUUUCUUCAGUGAGACGGGAGCUGGCAAGCAUGUCCCCAGGGCCGUCUUCAUAGACUUGGAGCCAACUGUGAUUGAUGAGGUGCGCACUGGAACCUACCGCCAGCUCUUCCACCCUGAGCAGCUCAUCACUGGCAAGGAAGAUGCUGCCAACAACUAUGCCAGGGGCCACUACACCAUUGGCAAAGAGAUCAUUGACUUGGUCAUCGACAGGCUCAGGAAGCUGGCUGACCAGUGCACAGGGCUCCAGGGCUUCCUGGUCUUCCACAGCUUUGGUGGAGGCACUGGCUCUGGUUUUACUUCCCUGCUGAUGGAGCGUCUGUCUGUUGACUAUGGCAAGAAGUCCAAGCUAGAGUUCUCCAUCUACCCAGCUCCUCAGGUCUCCACAGCUGUAGUCGAGCCCUACAAUUCCAUCCUGACCACCCACACUACCCUGGAGCACUCCGACUGCGCCUUCAUGGUAGACAAUGAGGCCAUCUAUGACAUUUGCCGCAGGAACCUGGACAUCGAGCGCCCCACUUACACCAACCUCAACCGCCUCAUCAGCCAGAUUGUGUCCUCCAUCACAGCCUCCCUGCGAUUUGAUGGUGCCCUGAAUGUAGAUCUGACAGAAUUCCAGACCAAUUUGGUGCCCUAUCCCCGUAUCCAUUUCCCUCUGGCCACCUACGCCCCAGUCAUCUCUGCUGAGAAAGCUUACCAUGAACAGCUGACUGUAGCAGAGAUCACCAAUGCUUGUUUCGAGCCAGCCAACCAGAUGGUGAAAUGUGACCCUCGUCACGGUAAAUACAUGGCCUGCUGCCUGUUGUACCGUGGGGAUGUUGUUCCCAAAGAUGUCAAUGCUGCUAUUGCCACCAUCAAGACCAAACGUAGCAUCCAGUUUGUAGACUGGUGCCCCACUGGUUUCAAGGUUGGUAUCAACUACCAGCCCCCCACCGUGGUCCCUGGAGGUGACCUGGCCAAAGUGCAGCGUGCAGUCUGCAUGCUGAGCAACACCACAGCCAUUGCUGAGGCCUGGGCUCGCCUGGACCACAAGUUUGACCUGAUGUAUGCCAAGCGUGCCUUUGUCCACUGGUACGUUGGGGAAGGGAUGGAGGAAGGAGAGUUUUCGGAGGCUCGGGAGGACAUGGCUGCCCUAGAGAAGGAUUAUGAGGAGGUUGGGGCAGACAGCGCUGAUGGGGACGAUGAGGGGGAUGAGUUCUGAUCUUUUUUGUUUCUGUUCUCUGCUUGCUCCUGUCUACUUCUGGAUUUCUCUUGCUGUCUGUUGGUCAUUAAAAAAAAUACCCAGUUGAAAGCAGUCUUGUUCUUUCUUUAUAGAACAAACUGUGCCCUGUCCUUUUGAGCUGUGUAAAGGGGCCUUAGGCCAGGGGCCUUCUGUGGAUGGUGCCAGCUGAGAACAUGCUUGGCUGGAAUGGGACUGGCGAGGCUAUUCGGGUUGGCAAAGUUUGAAUGACUGCAUCGAGGCAACACAAUCAUUCACAACCCAGUGGAGCAUGUAAGGGCACUGUCCUGGAAAUUUGCAGCUCUUUAGCAAUUGUUUUUAUAUUGUUUUAUAUUGUUUUAUAUUGCUUUAAAUUUUAAAAUAUGUGU